AUGGCUAUCGAGCUGGGACUCACCAAGAUACGCCAUCUUUUGUCACAUCUGGGAAACCCCCAGGACAAGUUUAAGGUACUACACGUUGCUGGAACAAACGGAAAGGGCUCUGUCUGCUCAUUGUUACAAUCUGUGCUUCAAACGAAUGCAAACUAUCGAGUAGGGAAGUUCACGUCGCCCCAUUUGGUCCACAUCACAGACUGCAUAACCAUUAAUGGGAAACCUAUCCCAUUGCAAGACUUCCAGAGCAUAAAAAACCAGCUACAGGAGACAAAUAGAAAACAUGGAUUUGGAUGCACGGAGUUCGAGCUUUUGACUUGCACUGCAUUCGAAUACUUUCAGCGCAUGAAAUGCAACUGGUGCGUCCUGGAGGUGGGUCUGGGUGGUCGUUUGGACGCUACAAACUGCUCGGCGGGCGUUCAUAAAAUCUGCGGAAUCACCAAGGUUGCAAUGGAUCACCAGAGCUUCUUGGGAGACACUCUGGCACAGAUUGGCACGGAAAAGGCAGGUAUCAUUGUGUCUGGUGUUCCAUUCGUAGCUGUGGAUGGAACUAACGACCCUGAGGUACUCGAUGUCGUUGAAAAACGAGCUGCUGCUGUCAAUUGCAUGGCCUCAAACACCUCUUCUAUUGUUUAUGGCAGCAUGAUCAAGAGUGAGUCCUGGGGAUACAUAGACCGCAAAAUCGUGCCACUUAAUGGCUCCUACCAGACAUCAAAUGUGGCGGUCGCCAUCUCGAUGCUGGACUAUCUUCAAAAGAAGCAGCUUAUUUCCAUUUCAUCGCAGCAGCUCCAGAGUGGGCUAAAAAGCGUCCGCUGGCCAGGUAGGCUGCAAUACGUGGACUUCUACGAUAAAGACGACCAUAAAAAGCAUUUGAAAUUAUUGAUAGACGGUGCACACAACGGAAAUGCCGCCGCAAGUCUUACACAAUUUGUCACAGACUCGUUUCGCCCGACUGGAUCAGAGGCGGUCACAUUCGUAAUUGCCGUGACGCAGGGGAAAGACGUGCAUUCGCUGCUUGCGCCUUUGAUCCAAACUCAAGACACUGUCAUUGUCACGCAAUUUGGAGAAGUGGAAGGCAUGCCUUGGAUAUCGGCCAUGCAAGUGUCAGAUCUAGCAUCACAAGCCGCGAACUACACGAAAAACGUUUCGACAGCUUCUGAUAUUCAGUCCGCCCUGCAGCAACUAUGUGAGAACCAUUCAGGCCAAGUAGUGGUAUGCGGAUCUCUCUACUUGUGUGGAGAGCUUCUUCGUAACAAAAACGUUGUAUGGUGA